AAUGUUAGGAUUACCUCAAAAAAAGUGUCAAUUAUUGUUCAAAGAGUAGAAGCCUGUCAAAAAAAAGAGUUCCUAACACAUAAAAUUGAAAACUUUAACCUUAAGUAAUUGGAAAUCAAAAGAAUUGACUUCGCAAUUACUAAGUCCAAUUAAAUAUUAACCACCUCCAAUUAUGGAACCUAGAAGUUAAUCAAGAGCUAAUUUCUUCUAAGCCUAACAUAUCAUAGUAAGAAUAUUUGAUGGAAAACAAAACACAAUAAAAAAGCAAUAUUUCAAUUUUUGA